AUGGAAAUUGUUUCAAUGGAUAUUGAAAGAUCAGAAAGUUCCAAUCAUAUAGUUCAUCAGCAACUAAUUGUUAUAAACUUCAACCUUUUAGAUGAAUUCAAUGAUGUAUCAUUAUUAGAAUCUUUAUCAUAUGAUGCUAUUUUAAAUAUUUUAGUAUGCUUAGAGCCAGAGCAUUUAGUAAAGUUUGGUUUACUCUCUAAAGAAUGCUACACAUUGUCUUGUAGUGAUUAUCUUUGGAGAAGAUUCUAUCCAUCCUAUCAAUUUAGAUUUGAACAAGCAUUUAAUAUCCCACCACCACAACCACUUCCAAGAGUAAAUGCAAAGCAAAUAUAUAUAAAAGAAUCUAAAAAAGUAGAUAGUAUUUCAAAGUUUGUAGGUCUAUGGAGUGAACAAUGGUGUGAUGUCGAUGUCAACAGCUCAACAAGGAUCAGUUAUGAUGGUUACAAAAUAUCUGUAUUCUACACUAAAAAUAAAUUCUCUGCAGAGUUUGUCGAUUUCGAUGGAUCUGUCUUGAGAUUCAAGUUGUCGGGUGGUGACUCUGGUUGGUCGUUUAUAUAUAGUCUAAAGAUUGCUGACCACGGUAAACUAACGUUAAACGUAUUCAGAAUCCACGAUGACAUGUCAUUCAAUGGUAUUUUCAAAUUGAGAAGUGAAUCACCAGAGGAAUACCCAAGCAUCUCACCGAUCUCACCGAUAAGAAUCAUCACUUCAGCAGCCUCCACCAACACCUCACCGAUGAUAAUGGCCGAUCAUUCUGCAAUGAUGAUCGACACCACCUCCGAGAAUAGCACUACCUCUAACGAUAAUGAGGAGAUGACCAACAUCGAUGGCAAUAUCGAAUCAUUUCAACCACUUUCCCACAGACAGGUUGCUUUUUAA